UCAUCAGAUUCCAGUGCAGAUGAUAUAUGCUUUAUAAGAUCACUUAUGACUUCAAAUAUGGCGAAUGAUCGUUCAUUUACUCCUGUAUAUAGGCUUCUUGAGCCACCUAAUACGAUAAUUGGGCUUCCUGCCGACGUGCUUACCUAUUGCCAGUUAAAAAGAAUCCAUGGCGUACUAUAUGCAAUUUACCAUUCAAGCAAUGCUAAUACUCUCACAGCGUAUGCUUUUGCGAAGCAGGUUAUAAAACACCUAACCCCGAUCACAACCCAGCUUAAUCUUGAUUUAUGUGAAUCCAAUUGGGAAGAUCUUCCGAUAGCUGAUCGCCGACUAUGCGCAUCAGCAGUAAUGGGCUACAAACCCUACAGGGAGGACCAGAUGUUUACUUAA